GUGAGCUUUCGUCCAUGAUGCCUAUAGAUAAACGACCUGGAACGUUGCUAACUUGAACUUCUUUAGUGGACAGGAAAUCCGAGACCAACAGGCGUCCAUGAACGCACCGGAGGAUACCGAGGCGGAUGAAACGUCUGAGGACGCCCCAGAGGAUAGCCAAGUCGACAAACCGCAAGCCAACAUCCGACCGCAUCAUCGCCAUUUCCGCCAUCUUCUUUCUUCUCGGACUGAUCGCCUUCGUAGGAUGCUACGAAAGCACACUACUGGACACAUCAUUUGAGAGGUUCAUGGACGACCAGAACUUUGGCGUGCGCAUCUUGUUCACAGGGCUCGGUGUAGCAAUCUCCAUUUUCUGGGGUUACUACUUUUCACCCAAGUCUCACUUCUCUGCCCAUUUCCCAUUCAUUGCAGCUCCUCCUAACUAUUUCCCCUUUUAACAACAGGAGUCUCCUUAAUGGAGCCAUACCGCCGCCUCUCCGCAAGACCGCAAUCAACCCAGACCUCGAUCCUAACCACGCCGCCGACAACUGUUUUCACUGGCCUGAGCGGAGCCGUCAUGCGACGGGAGAUGUUCACCACGAUCGUAGGGCUCGUGGCGGUCUUGUCCAAGUUCACGC